CCACGACGUCGUUUGGUGGAGCGCGUUUGAUUGACCUUUCAGCCGCUACAUAAAAGAUUCAUUAACCCAUACAAAACCUGACUUGUUUCUCCUCUUCCUCUGAACGCCGGCCUCUCAAACUCCAACCAAGGAAGCACCAAACGUUUAUUUGAGUUUCUUCCUCUGGUUUCAUCAUUGAUCCAUUUUUUUCGCUUUAUAAUGGCAACUAGGCUACAGUUUGAAAAUUCAUGUGAAGUUGGAGUGUUUUCCAAGCUGACCAAUGCUUAUUGCUUGGUUGCAAUUGGAGGGUCUGAAAACUUCUACAGUGCUUUUGAGUCUGAGUUAGCGGAUGUCAUUCCUGUCAUUAAGACCUCUCUUGGCGGCACUAGAAUAAUAGGACGGCUCUGUGCUGGAAAUAAGAAUGGGCUUCUUGUCCCUCACACCACCACAGAUCAAGAACUUCAACACUUGCGAAAUAGUCUACCGGAUCAAGUUGUUGUUCAGCGCAUAGAGGAGAGACUAUCUGCUCUUGGGAACUGUAUAGCUUGCAAUGACCAUGUUGCUCUGACGCAUACAGAUCUAGAUCGGGAAACUGAGGAGAUAAUUGCUGAUGUUCUUGGUGUAGAAGUUUUCAGGCAAACAAUUGCUGGAAAUAUUCUUGUUGGAAGCUACUGUGCUUUUUCAAACCGAGGUGGCUUGGUUCAUCCUCACACAUCCAUUGAAGACUUGGAUGAGCUUUCGACGCUUCUUCAGGUUCCAUUGGUGGCUGGCACCAUCAACCGUGGGAGUGAAGUAAUAGCUGCAGGAAUGACUGUAAAUGACUGGACUGCCUUCUGCGGGUCGGAUACUACAGCAACUGAACUUUCUGUCAUUGAGAGUGUCUUUAAGCUGAGAGAAGCACAACCUACUGCUAUCGUAGAUGAGAUGAGGAAAUCGUUGAUAGACACUUAUGUUUAAUUCGUUGGUGUUUGGUUGGUUGUUGCUCAUCGUCAAGACAAUGCUGGCUCUGUCGUAUUUUAUGUCAUGUUAAAAUUACAACACUAAUGAAUGUGUAAAUCUUUAUCUGACUGUUCAUUUUUUUUCAAGUAUUUUUGUCCUAACGAUGCAUGUUCGUCUGGAAUGUAAUUUUCUGAAAAAAGUUUAAAUAUUUUGGGAUUUGAUUACUAUCUAAGUUAUUUCUUUUUUCUUUUAAA